AAAUGGUGAAACUCAUAACUGUUGUUUAGUUCUUAGUGUUGAUGAUUCAUGAAAAUUCAGGCAGCAGCUUCAUUUAGUUUUCAGAUUUUAAACAGUUCAGACAAGAAUCUUCGGACUUAAAGUGAAUUAAAAUAUGAGUUAUUCAUACAAUUACGACAAUGCUGAAAGAUAUACGAGCUCCAAUAAUUCCUAUACUCGAAAAUCACCACCUAUUUGGCUUAUUGUGCUUGUUCUUGUUAUUGCUGUAUUUUUUGAAUUUUUCAAUCGGUUGUGCCGUAUAGAAGCAGAAGAAAGAGCAAGACAACAAAUUCAAUAUGUACAACCACCAAGUGCAGUGCCUUCAGUUGCAAUCAUAUCAGAAAUGUCAGUUCGUCUAAAUCAUACUGGACUAUCUCGAAAUGAACGCUACAUUUUGACUGAUGAAUCCAACCUACCAGCUGCCUUAUCUCAAUCGCUUCCAAAUGGAUUGAAUCAACCAUCAGCAACUCCUAGAGCUCCAUUAAGGAAUGACAGUGUCCCACAAUAUGAUAGUCCACCGAAUUAUGAAGAAGCUUUGGAAUUAUUGAAUGUUCAUCAAAUGCGAAAAGAUCGCGACACUCCAAUUACUUAAUACAUGCUCAUACAUAUUCUUGGAUGCUUAUCUGCUCAAUUUUAAUAAUUGUUCAUGACGUAGUUGAUGCCAAGUGACAGAAGUCAAAGUUUCAGACGGGACGGCUGACUUACUUAAUUGUCAUUUAGGAAUAGUUUUAAUCAUACCAAAAUUAAGCACAUCAGCCAUAAAAAUUGACAUUGUUAAUUAACCCAAAGAUUAUAAAAAAUCUAAAAAUAUCGAACGCAAAAUUUGAUUUUCUCAAAUUUUAAGUAUUCAUCUGUUGCUUAUUUCUCUCACAAUUGAAGUAUAAACUCUGUGUUAGUGUGUAUCGCCAUGUGCUUUUGACAUACGAGAGAGGAAUGCAGUCGGCAAAAAGCAUUGACGUCAAAAUGAGAAAAAUAGUAAAAAUUGUAUUUUUUACUUUGAAUUCCCCAAUUGAUUGAAUGACUCACCCUGUAAAGUAAUUAAUGUUUAAUAACAACUAAGUUGCACUAGUGUAAGUUUGCAUUAUAUUGAAUAAAGAC